AUGCCAACCGGAACACUGCUGCGUUCCUUGAUGUUCACUAGUGUGAUGUCCUCGCCACUGUUGGAGCCUUGCCUCGCAAUGAUGAAGCUUGUAGUCAACUCCCAAUCCCCCGUUUUCGAUCCUCGCAAGAAUCCUAUAGUCGACCACCUUCUCCGAGCGACGAUAUACAACCACUUCUGUGCCGGGACUGACGAGGCCGAGGUCCGACAGUCAGUGAAGUCAAUGAAAGAUAUGGGAUACAAGGGAGUGAUUCUUGGAUAUGCCCGCGAGGUUGUCGUCAACGAGCCUGAAGAUUGCAACAUCCCCAUCUCUGAACAGAACCAGCAGACACUGCAUCUUCGAGCCGUCGAAGAAUGGAAGCUGGGAAACCUGCAAACGCUGAAGAUGAUCGGGCCAGGAGACUAUCUGAGCAUGAAAUUCACUGGCGCAGGUCCUGUAGCCGUCGAGGCACUGUCACGAGGAGAUCCGAUCCCACCGGCAUGCAUCCAGCACGCGAUGGAUGAAAUCUGUGAACAGACGGCCCGGCAGGGAUCUCGCCUCUGGAUCGACGCUGAGCAGCAGGUGUUCCAACAUGCCAUUGACAAAUGGACUAUCGGCCUAAUGCGAAAGUACAAUGGCCAGGGCAAGGCGGUCGUGUUCAAUACCAUCCAAGCGUAUCUCAAGUCAUCGGCGCAAAACGUGCACCACCAUCUGCAGCUCGCCCAGCAGGAAGGCUGGACGCUAGGUAUCAAGCUUGUUCGUGGAGCGUAUAUUGCCCACGACAUUCGCUCGCGUAUCCACGACACAAAACAAGACACAGACCGAAACUACAACCAUAUUAUUGCCAGGCUUCUGAGUCAGCAAUCACCUCUAGACGACUCCAUGCACCCGUUUCCAGAUGUCCGACUAUUUGUGGCCGGCCACAAUGCAGAAAGCGUCCACAAGGCAUGCACCUUGCACCGGAGCCGGAUCAUGCAAGGACAACCCACUAUCCCCACGCAGUUCGGCCAGUUACAGGGUAUGGCGGAUAAUAUCAGCUGCGAACUGUUAGCUGAAGGCCGACGAGCAGAUCCACAGUGUCCAAAACAGCAGGCGGCUGUACCGCAAGCUUUCAAGGCCCUGGCAUGGGGCUCAACCUCGGAAUGUCUUCACUUCCUGUUGCGACGGGCCGUUGAGAACAAGGGCGCAGUCGAAAGGACUAGGCACAUGGCUGACGCUCUCAGAAUGGAACUCUGGAGGCGGCUUCGCAGCGAUUAG